UCACGGCGGUGCUGGAGCGGCCGGGGGCCAGCAGCCCCGGGGGCCAGCAGCCUCGCCGCCACGGCCGCUGCGCACCCGCGGGCCCGGCACCGGCGCCUCCGGCCAGGAUGGCUCCUCAGAUCUAGACAGGAAGACCAGAGCAGUGCUGGAAAUCUCCAUCCAAGUGACAGUAGGAUUGGGAUAAAGGAGCUGCCGUGAGGAUGUCUGAAGCCAAACCCCUCAGCAUCUCUUGCCUCAUGCUUUCCUUGCUCUCCUUGCACUGGGCUUUGCUCCAGCUGGGCCAGGCUUUUCCCAGCACCUCUGACUACCUCCAGCGGGGCUGGCAACGGCUGCUGGAGGAAGGGGAGGGCUGCACUGAGUGCCAGCCCGAGGAGUGCCCGAUGCCACGCGGGUGCCUGGCAGGCACAGUGCGAGAUGCCUGUGACUGUUGCUGGGAAUGUGCCAACCUGGAGGGACAGAUCUGUGACCUGGACAACACCAACCACUUCUACGGCAAGUGUGGGGAGCACCUGGAGUGCCGGUUGGAUGCUGGGGACUUGCGUCACGGAGAGGUGCCCGAGCCCCAGUGUGCCUGCCUCUCCCAGCUGGCCCUCUGCGGCUCUGAUGGCAAAACCUACGCCCAGAUCUGCAGGUUCCUGGAGGCUGCCCAUGCUCACCCCGAUGCCAACCUCACUGUGGCCCAUGAAGGUCCCUGCGAGACAGAGCCUCAGAUCACCUCUCCUCCCUAUGACACAUGGAACGUCACCGGGCAGGAUGUCAUCUUCGGCUGCGAGGUCUUCGCCUACCCCAUGGCAUCCAUUGAGUGGAGGAAGGAUGGCACAGAGAUGCUGCUGCCUGGAGAUGACCCCCACAUCUCUGUCCAGUUCAGAGGUGGCCCCCAGAAAUACGAAGUGACAGGCUGGCUCCAGAUCCAGGGUGUGCGGGUGACGGACGAGGGCACGUACCGCUGCUUCGCCAGGAACAGGGUCGGGGAGGCGGUGGCACUGGCCAGCCUGACUGUCUUCACUCCGGACCAACUCAACCUGACAGACUUCUCCAUGCUGAAGCCCCAUGUGACACCUGAGGACUACAGGGAGAGUGAGGAGGACUACUACUAGCCCAGAGAUGGCAUGUUCAGCUGCAGAGAUCACCUUGCCCAGAGCGACCCUUCCCUGGGACUUGGGGACAUCUCUGGAGCAAGCAUCCUCUGGCCCAAAACUCCUUUUCUGAACAAUCCUGGCAUAGCAGCCUGUUUUUUGGGGUGGGGAACAGGGUGACACAACCUUUUUGGGUACCGAGGGAUGGGAUACUGGCUGCUUGGCAAGGGCUGGGGCCAGGGACAGCUCUGCCUGGAGCAGGGUGGAUCUGUCCUCUGGCACUGAGCAGGUAGGACACUGCCAGGACAGCUGUGCUGUGUGUGAUAAGGACUUGGUGCAGGGGAUGGAGACAGCCCCCUUUGGGAGAGGAGGCCAGGGCAGGAGCAUUAAGUCCUGUAUGAAUAAUACUUGGGGAAACUGGAGCAGAGAGCUGGGACCUGACUGUGAUAGCCAGUGUCACCUCUCCGUCUGCUCUGUAUCCCCCAAGCACAGAGACAUCCCAGCUUCUCCCCAGGACCUGAGGAACCUGCUGCCAAAACACCCUUCUCUUCUGUUUUGUUUUUAACCAGAAAAGUAGUGAUUUGAGGAAACCAGGCA